GGCGCAUGCUCCGUGGCGGUCGGGGAGCAAGGACUGGCUCCGGCAGCGGCCUUCGCGGCCCGCGAAGUCCCGGCCCCGGUGCGGGCAUGGCGGCCAGCCUGUGGAUGGGGGAUCUGGAGCCCUACAUGGAUGAGAACUUCAUAUCCAGAGCCUUCGCCACUAUGGGGGAGACUGUCGUGAGCGUCAAAAUUAUCCGAAACCGCCUCACUGGGAUCCCAGCUGGCUACUGCUUUGUAGAAUUUGCAGAUUUGGCUACAGCCGAGAAGUGUUUGCAUAAAAUUAAUGGGAAACCCCUUCCAGGAGCCACACCUGCAAAACGUUUUAAACUGAACUAUGCCACUUACGGGAAACAGCCAGAUAAUAGCCCGGAAUACUCCCUCUUUGUGGGGGACCUGACCCCAGAUGUGGACGAUGGCAUGCUGUAUGAAUUCUUCGUCAAAGUCUACCCCUCCUGUCGGGGAGGCAAGGUGGUUUUGGACCAGACAGGCGUGUCUAAGGGCUAUGGAUUUGUGAAAUUCACAGAUGAACUGGAACAGAAGCGAGCCCUGACAGAGUGCCAGGGAGCAGUAGGACUGGGGUCUAAACCAGUGCGGCUGAGCGUGGCAAUCCCCAAAGCGAGCCGUGUGAAGCCAGUGGAAUAUAGCCAGAUGUACAGUUACAGCUACAACCAGUAUUACCAGCAGUACCAGAACUACUAUGCUCAGUGGGGUUAUGACCAGAACACAGGCAGUUACAGCUACAGUUACCCCCAAUAUGGCUACACGCAGAGCACCAUGCAGACAUAUGAAGAAGUUGGAGAUGAUGCAUUGGAAGACCCGAUGCCGCAGCUGGAUGUGACUGAGGCCAACAAGGAGUUCAUGGAGCAGAGUGAGGAGCUGUACGAUGCACUAAUGGACUGUCACUGGCAGCCUCUGGACACGGUGUCUUCAGAGAUCCCUGCCAUGAUGUAGCCAGGACAAGCCAGAAUGGACUAUGUAAAGGAGAUCAGAGACUUCUUUUUAAAAAAUUAUAAGAACUUUUACCUUUUUGGAAAUAUUUUUAAAAUUUUAAUAAUGAACCAUGUUUCCUAUGGAUGAAUAUUCUUGCAAUGCUGCUGGCUUCCCAUCUAAUUUCAGUUUGAAAACCAAGGGACCAACUGUUGAAGAUUGUCCUUUUCCAUCCCUGAGCAUCCUUUAACUCUCAUGUUUUUUUGAACAAGAAUCAUUUACACAGUAGGAUCAUCCAUACCCUUGGCCAUGAGAAGCCUGGAAUUAUUAACCAAAAGUGGAUUAGAUAAAAACAUUUUAGUGAACACUGGUUUACAGAGGCCCCUCUCACUCUUAGGGUGAGACACUUAAUCAUUAACAUAUUAUGGGGUUAAAAUGUGGAGUCCCAGGGUGGCCCAGUGGUUAACCAAAAGGUGAUGGUGGUUUGAACCUACCCAGAGGUACCUCAGAAGAAAGGCUUGGCAACCUGCUUCUGAAAGGCGGUUGUGUG